AUGAGAAAAGGUAAAAAAGAAGCCGAUAAUUAUGAUAUUGAUGACUCUAAAUCAGGACAUUUAAAGUUUCCAAUGUUGAAUAGCUACGACAAAGAGCUUAAAGAUCCAUCUUCUAACCAGUUGAGAGAAGUUAACAAAAAUAAAGUAAUAAAGAAGAAAAGGAGAGAAUAUCAAAAUGAGAAUCAAGGAAAUCCUUUCGUCGUGUCGAAUACAGGAGACGACGAUCAAGAAAAUGCUCUUCCUAGUUUGUCAUCUUUAACCCAUGAUAAGGCUAAUGUAGCCGAUGAAAGGAACAAAGCAGUUUCCAAACGGACAGUACGAUUAGGAACUAUACGUUAUCAACUGCUACGACCUAGUCAAGUUGAAAUAUUGGGUCGACCGGAGGUUGCACGAAAAAGAGUUGCCUGCCAACUCUAUUUCCUUAACUAUUAUAUCAACUUCAUAGAAUAUUACAAAUUACGGAGAGAGCGUUUAAAUCAGUUUACUGAAUGCACUCAAGAUUUGAAAACCUCGAAACAAAAGAAAUUAUGGAAAGAGCACCGCGGACGAGAAAGAGCCUUUUUAAGAAAAAGAAGAGCAAAAAUCCAAAGCAACCAUUUCGAUCUACUCGUAAAACUUGGACAAGGCGGUUAUGGAUCCGUUUGGCUAGCUAAGAAGAGAGAUACCCAUGAAUUUGUAGCAUUGAAAAUGAUGAGGAAAGCAGUUUUACAACAAAUGGAUGAAGUGCGGCACAUCUUGACUGAGAGGGACAUUUUGACCAACACAAAUUCUGAAUGGCUAGUCAAACUAUUCUACGCAUUCCAAGAUAAAACUUCUGUUUACUUAGCGAUGGAAUACGUACCAGGAGGGGAUUUUCGAACGUACUUGGCUAUGCAUGGGUUACUUCGUGAAAAGCAAAUCCGAUUUUAUCUAGCAGAGAUGUUUAUGGCAGUCAAUGAAGUCCAUAAAUUGGGCUAUACACACAGAGAUUUGAAGCCUGAGAACUUUUUGAUUGACAAGAGAGGACAUCUCAAGCUAGGUGAUUUCGGACUCAGUACAGGACUUGCAAAUUCCAUAGUCGGUUCUCCUGAAUAUAUGGCUCCAGAAGUAAUAUAUGGCAAAGGUUAUGACAAGACUGUGGAUUAUUGGUCUUUGGGGUGCAUUUUUUAUGAAUGCGCUGUAGGUUAUCCUCCAUUUUCCGGGGCGACAACACAAGAGACAUGGACUAAUCUUUAUUUUUGGAAAGAUGUUUUGCAAAGACCGGAAAAGAUAAGGAACGGCCAGUACGACAAAACAGCAGUUCGCAUUUCUGACAAUGCUUGGUCGUUCAUUCUAAAGUGCUUAACUGAGCCGGAAAUGCGGUUUCAGGGUAUGUCAGAAGUUCAAAAGCAUCCUUAUUUUUCAAAAAUUCACUGGAAUCAUUUGAGAACUCAUGGAAGACCACCGUUUGUGCCUCAUUUGAGUAACCAGCUAGACACCUCGCACUUUGAUGAUUUUUCGAACGAAGCUGUUAUGGAAGCGUAUAAAGAUGUUUAUGAUAAACAAAGAAUUAUGGAGGAAAAAUUGCGUAAGCGACAGGCUUGCAUCAACCAGCGUCCCUUUCAAGGGUUUACAUAUAAGCAUCGUACGAAUCAUCUGAAGCAACCCAAGCCGGAAGAGGGUAACGACUGGAAGAAAAAGGGCGAGAAUGUUUCUAGAAAAAAGAAAACGAAGGAUUGCGUUUACAGGAAUGAAUUGGCUCUUGCGUCCGAUUCAUCAGAAACCGUUCCCUUAUAUAAACACUUGAAAGCCGAGAAAAAGGGAAAUAAUGAAAAAAAUAAACUGCAUCCUAAUGACUAUUUAAGAAGAAAAGAAAAGGAUUACUAUGAAGUCUUAUUUUGAUUAGUUUUCAAAUCCUUUUCUAAUUAUGGGCACUCUUUCCAGAGUGACAAAAAAAAACAUCUUCAAAGCUUAGAAGGAUAUAGCUUAUAAAGAGAAAUACUAUCACACUCUUUUUCUAGUCUUUUCCCUCUAUUCCUGUAUUCGACAAGUGGCAUGCGUUUACAGUUUUCGUUGCAAUCCAUACCUUACCGAAGCUUAGGCAUUAUAAAGUUAGCGAAUUUGUAACAAAUCCCCAUAGUUAACAACUUAAAGUCAUGGGGUCAUCCAGAAAAAGAGCAUUAUCUGUUUGUUAAUUUAGAUAACCGAUUGGCACAAUAGCAAUGAUUUUUUAU